AUUUGUUUAUAAACCGUUUAGAAAGAUGUCAAUUUGUCCAAACAACAACUUUGUGUUGAUGUCAUGGUUAUUUGUGCGGGCAUUUCGAUUUAUUUGGCGUUGUGUGUUAAAACCUUUGUCAGACUGGAUAUGACUUGGUGACUCGCUCAGAGAGUGACAGGAGGGGCCAUGGCGGUCGGAGAGAGCCAGCUUCAGAGGAUUAUCCGAGAUCUGCAUGAUGCUGUUGCAGAGCUUGAAAAGGAGUACAAAGAAAGUGGGGAGCCAAUCACAGAUGACAGCAUCAACCUGCACAAAUUCUCCUACAAACUGGAGUAUCUGCUACAGUUUGACCAAAAGGAGAAAACAACUUUUCUGGGCACCAAGAAGGACUACUGGGAUUACUUCAAUGACUGCCUGGCUAAGAUCAAAGGAGCAAAUGAUGGCAUCCGUUUUGUCAAAUCCAUUUCUGAGCUGAGGACAUCUCUGGGAAAGGGACGAGCAUUUAUCCGCUACUCCCUCGUUCAUCAGCGAUUGGGUGACACACUGCAGCAGUGCCUGAUAAACCAGAGAGUCACCAGUGACUGGUACUAUGCAAGGAGCCCCUUCUUGAAGCCUCAACUCAGCUCUGACAUAAUUAAUCAUCUGUACGAGCUCAACGAGAUCCAGUUUGAUGUGGCUUCCAGAGGUCAUGACCUCGAUGCUGCUUGGCCAACAUUUGCAAGGAGGACAGUGGGAAGUGCAAAUUCACCUGGCCACAUGUGGAAACCACCAAGUCGUAGUUCCAGUAUUAAUAGUCUGGCCAGUUCCUAUUCCCAGCAAGCGCCUGAGUUUGCCUCCAGCCCAGACUACGGGCACAGUUUGCUGAACGAUCUGAAUGAUUCACUGCCUGCCUGCAUAGAAGAUAGCAACACAGUUGAAAACCUUCGCCUGGAGCUGGAUCAGUCAGAGCUAAAGCAGAGAGAUCUCCUUGAUAAGGUUCAGCAGCUUGGCGAGGAGUCUGGCGAGUUGAAAGGAGUGAUUGAAGAGCUUCAGAGGCAGCUUGAUGUGUCGCUCGCUGCUCAAGAAGGACACCGAGGCUUGCAGGAAGAACUCGGAGCCCUGCAGGGGAGAGACGAUGCCCUUACCAGACAGGUGGAAGCACUCAGGGCUGAGGAAAAAGCCAAGGAAACUCAGCUUGUCUCGCUUCAGGAAAAGCUGGCAGCUGCUGAGCAAAAGAACAUGGAGCUUAUGGCUAAGUUGGAUGGGUUUCUAGAUGAGAAAGGCCAGCAGGCUGCCAGUCAUUUUGAUUCAGCGCUUAAGAUUCAUGAGCUGUUGGACAAAUUGAAAGAGGCAGAGAAAGUGAAGAUGGAGGCUGAAGGUAAGAUGGUGGAAAAUAGGAGGCAGAUAGAAAGACUGGAGGAAGAGUUACGAGUUAAUGAGAUGAAGUCCAAGGAGAAUGAAACAAAACGUGAGGCGUUGGUGACAUCGUCGUCUGAGGAGAAGGCCAAGUUGAAUGCAAAAGUGGAGGAGCAGUUCAGUACUCUGGAAAAGCUCCAGUUGAACCUGGCACUGAGAGAAAAGGAGGCAAGCAGUCUACAAAGACAGCUGCAGGACGUCCAACAAUCUCUAGAGGAGAAAGCGCGAGAGUUAGAGGAGGUGAAGAGGGGGGCAAAGCAAGAAAUGGAAGCGAUGCAGAAGAACACUGACGACUUGAAGGAGUCUUUAGAGGGAAAGGUUGCUGAAAUUGCUGUGCAGCUUACGAACAGAGAAGCAGAAUUAAGCUCCAGCAGUGAGACACUACAGAAGCUUGAAUCCAAGACCCAAAUACUGACUACAGAAAGGGACGAACUGACCACUAGCCUCGAUCAGCACAAGGCAAAGCUCAACGAACAGUCUGCCAAAAUAGCAGACUACCAGACGCAGUGCGCCAGUUUACAGGAAUUAAAAGAGAAGCUGCAGGCCACAGUGAGUAGAAAGGAGCAGCAGCAAAAUGAGAUGACGGAGCACAGAGCAGUGCUGGAGGCUGAAGUAGCAGCUCUAAGAGCUUCAGAGAAACAGCUCAGAGGCCAAAUGGAUGAUGCCAAGAUGACGGUGGAUGAAAAGGAGAAAUUGCUACGUGAGGAGAACCGCGGUCUGGAUGAGAGUCUGCAGCGAGCCACAAUGGCUGCGAAACAAUCGGAAGUGACUUCGAAGCGGCUGGAGCAGGAGAACCAGACUCUGAGAGAGGAGCUGGAUGAUUUGAAAGCAACUCUUAGUCGCACAGAGACGGAGUUGAAGAACGCCCGCAUUCAGAUCGAAGAACACAAAACAAACCUAGAGGCUUCAAACACCAAAUUAGUCAGCCUGCAAGAACACCUAAGCGCAAAAGACAAGCAGCUGGAGAAUAAAGAGAAAGAGGUUGUUAAGUUGAUGUCAACAUUACAAGAGUUGGAGGCUAAGGAGAAGGAGAAUGAGAUGGCCAAAGCCAACACAGAAGCAACUUGUGCCAAACAGGCUGAACUGAUUGAAAGGGUAACAUCCGAGAAACGGGCAAUAGAGACGUUACAGCUAGAGAGGAGCUCAGUCCAAGGAAAGGAGAACCAGGAAGUUACUGCCAAGCUUGCUGUGGUUGAGGGCCAGCUGGACGUUAGCAUGAAAGAGGUCUCUAGACUCCAGGCAGAGAUCCUGAACCUGAAGGUGAAGGUGCAGAGAUCUGAGGAGGAAAAGCUAAAAUCCCAUGCACAGCUGGAGGUUACAGAAGCCCAAAGAGGCGAGCUGAGGUCUCUUACGGAGCAGCUUAAAUCCCAAGUAGAGGCACUCAACCAGAAGCACGUAGCCGAACUUCUGGAGUGCAAAAAGAAAGAGGAGGCUCUGGUUCAACAGCGCGAUCGAGAAGCAGCUGCCCACGCCGAACUUGCCGUUUCUUCCUCUGCCGUCCGAGAAGAGCUGUCUGCUCUCAAAGCCGAAAACAACAAGCUGGCUUUAGAGAACACAGAGAUCCGUGAGGGCUUGCACAGAGCAAACACCGAGAUGGCAGAGCUGGGGAUGUCCAUCUGCAAGCUGAACGCGGAAAGGGAAGAAGCCAGCGAACACUUGGCAGGGGACGCUGCCAAGAUCGAAGAGUUGGAGAAGGAGGUGGAGCGGAUCGAGGAGUGCAUGAACGCCCUGCGGCAGGAGAACAACAGUUUACGAGAGGAGCUGACACAGAAGGAAUCCCUCCCUAGGGCCAUUAUAGAGCUCCAGGAAGAGCUGGAAAAAGCCAAGAACCAAGUGAACAGCGUAAAAGAAUGCUGCCAAGAGGAGAUGGAUGCUGUGAAGUUUCAAAUGAGCUCUGAGACCAUGAGUCAUCAGGCUCAAAUAAAGGCUGUGACUAAAAAUCUGGAGAAGGUUUCAGCACAGCUGGAGGAGGAACAGAAGAUCGUGUCUGAACUCAAGGCUGCGAAUGAGAAAUACUUGCAGCUAAUUGGCGAGAAAGAUGCUUACAUCACGCAGGCGGAGGCCACCAUCCGUGAGAACGAAGGCGAAAUUCAGCAACUCGGCAGCUCUACGGCCAGCAUCGAAGAGGCACAUUUGUCUGUGCAAACACUGUGUGAGGACCUGAAGCAGAAACUUGAAGCAACAGAGGCUGAGAAACAAAGUCAGUAUCUGACAAUGUCGGCAGAGAUUGAAGACCUCAACAGCACAAAGAUCAACCUGGAAGAGAGGCUCAUUGAGCUUAUUAAGGACAAAGAUGCUCUGUGGCAGAAGUCAGAUGCUCUGGAGUUUGAGCAGAAACUACGAGCCGAGGAGCGCUGGUGGCUGGUUGACAAGGAGGCCACACACUGCCUUGGCUGCAACGACCAGUUCACCUGGUGGGUGCGCAGACAUCACUGCAGAGUUUGUGGCCGGAUCUUCUGCUACAGCUGCAGCAACAACUUUGUCUUGACGAAACACAGUGGGAAGAAGGAGCGCUGCUGCAGCGACUGCUACGUGCAGCACAAUGCGGUGGUGGAGAAGUUCAUAGAGUCAGAGAUGAGUUCUUCAGCUAGAGCCGGACCUCAGCCUCCGCCUGAGCCCGCUCCCUACAAGUCGCCUUCCAGCGCAGUAGUUUCGGACACCGGUAUCAAAUCUGAUGAUGGGGGCUAUGACAUCAUCACAGAAGAGGAGGUGAACGGCGUCUACGACAGUGACAGCAACUCUCAGACCACAGGAGGUUCACUGGAGGGAGAGCAAGACCGCCAGCAACCAGGAGCUUGUGAAACUGGCCCCGGCGAGGUCGCCCCCGACGACGACAGCGUCCCCACCGUCCAGGACUCUGAGAUUAACCUCCUCAGAUCAGGAGACGUCACACUCGCUGUCCCUCUCAGCGUCGAGGACAUUUCCCAGUUUGGUGACGGCUCCAGGGAGCUCUUCAUCAAGUCCAGCUGCUACAGCACCAUUAACAUAACCGUGGCAGAUUGUGAGACAACCAUCGGCUGGAUGUUCUCCUCUGAGCCCAAGAGUAUCUCUUUAGGCGUGGUUUACCGGGAGUCCAGUGACAGUGAAGUGGAGCAGGCGAAGGUUCUGAUUCCUCUGACUCGCUGCAAUUCCCAUAAAGAGACAAUUCAGGGACAAGUGAAAGCGCGGCACCCUGGCCUCUACACACUCAUCUUUGACAACUCCUUCUCCAGGUUUAUCUCCAAGAAAGUUUUUUACCAUCUGACCAUGGAAAAGCCCAUAAUCUAUGAUGGAAGUGAUGGACCCUGAAGCUUUGUGACUCGCUCAGGUGAAACUGCCGCUUCUGUGGCAACUAAAGGGAAACUGACAAGAUAUCAAUGCAGUGACUUCAUUUUAUUUUCUUUUUAUAUUAUAAACCAAGUAUCUUCACACA